AUGGGCGAAAAGUUGGACGUCAUCCAUUUGGAUGAGGAGUAUGAACAACUCAUGAAGGAGCCAUGGGUCAAGUACGGUACCACGCUCAAGCUGCGUGAAUUCAAGGAACUCCUUGAUCACCUACCCUGCUUUAGUUCAUGCUGCUUCAUGUCUCCCCGCAACCUGCUUCAACACAUUCCAAAAAGCACGAGCUUGCAUUGGCAGAAUGCAGCUGCAAAUAGAACAUCAUCGCUAAUAAGACCUCAUCAAUGA